UGGCAUGAUAGCCCGUGUGUGUCCCUGGAGGCGCGCGGAUGCUGGACCUGUGAACUGUGAAUGACACACACACACUGCUUUAGCGGACCACUUCCACACACCCAAACACACACAAACUCCUGGACCACUGGAAGCCAGCAGAGCCAUGGAGUGUUCGGCCGUGCAGGCGGAGACUCCUGGUAUCCAUAACAACAGUGUAGAGUUGACCCUGGAGGAGAGUCCGGUCCUCAUCUCCUCAUUCUGCACCGAGCUACAGCUAGAUAGCAUGGGUAUGUGUGUGUGUGUGUGCGUGUAGGAUAUGUUGUGAACAUGCAGGAUACAGUGCUGUUGAAGCCGUCCCACCAGUUCGUAUACUCUAGUGUGUUUUAGCUCCGUAAUAGUGAAGGAAACGACUAAAUAUAUCUUUGUCAUGUUUUGGAGGCUCUUUAAUUAUUUUGUGUUAAUGAAUUAAUAAUGUUGUGGUUGUUUCUUCUGUGUAGAUGGAGGAGGGGGGUAUGACAUAGUGAAUAACCAGGUGAUACCAACACCAGGGCCACCACCAAACUACAGAUCACAUAAUGCCUCACUUCGACAAAGUUGGGAGAUGAACUACCAGGAAGCAGCCAUCUAUCUACAGGUACCCCACACACACACACAGCCAUUUUGGCAUGUUGGCUAGCUAGACUAUAUUACGGUCUACUUGGUAUUUACUUUAAAAGUUAGAUGGUAAUGAUUAGCUACAUUAUAAUGUUAUGGGGUAGUUAUAAGUUGUAAGCUGACUGUAAGAAAGCCAAGCUAUGUUGGGACACAGCAUUAUGUGACGGGUAGAUCAUGUGAGUUUAUUGUGUGCUAAACCCCUAUGCUAAACAUGGUACCUUUUAUUUGUAGCUAUAGGUAUAGCUCAGGUGAAUGGUAGAAAGCUGUAGGAACAAAUGUAUCAUAUUUUCACACUUUUAUUAUGAAACAAAAUUCUGAUGUAAGUGUGUGUGGUCGGUCCAUAGGAAGGAGAGAACAAUGAUAAGUUCUUCACACACCCUCGGAACCCCAAGGCGCUGGCAGCAUACUUGUUUGCUCACAACCACCUGUUCUACAUGAUGGAGCUGCUAACAGGACUCCUACUGAUGGUGCUGUCUCUCUCUGAGGCUCCCGCUGUACCAUCACUACGCCUGGAUGUUUAUGUACGUACACACACACUACCACUGACACACACACACACACACACACACUGCCACUGACACACACACUGCCACAGGUCCACACCACUCUGGACCUGCUGGGUUAGGGUUAGAGGUCGGAGGUGAAAGGUUAAAGGAUGUGUUCUGUCUCUGUAGGUCCACGCCACUCUGGAGUUAUUGGCUCUGGUUAUGGUGGCGUUUGAACUCUGCAUGAAGCUGCGCUGGCUCGGCUUCCACACAUUCAUCAGACACAAGAGGACCAUGGUGAAGGUACAUACACACAACUUUAUAGGAGCAUCCCAAGCAGUGCAUAUAGAUUGCAAACAAGAGUGGUCCCAUAAUAGAUCCCUGAGGGACCCCUUGUGACCCUUUAUACUUACAAGAGUGACACAUUCUUGCCUGUCAGUUAGAUGGUUUACAAACAGUUAUAGUUUCACCAUUUCAUAUGACUGACAGCUGGUCUCUCCUGUGUGUAGACGUGUGUGUUGCUGCUCCAGUUUGUGGAAGCCAUAGUGGUUCUGAUCCGGCAGACAUCACACUUGCGUGUGACCAGAGCUCUCAGACCCAUAUUCCUGGUGGACUGCAGAUACUGUGGUGCGGUGCGCAGGUACACACACACUCAUAUACCGCAGAUACAUCACAUACACACCUGUAUUACCUCGCACUGCUUUGUUGUUUCCAAUGUGUGAAUAACUGUUGUGUGUUGUCACCCUCUUGACCAAUCAGAAACCUGCGUCAGAUCUUCCAGUCCCUUCCCCCUUUUAUAGAUAUCCUGCUGCUGCUGCUCUUCUUCAUGGUCAUCUUCGCCAUCCUGGGUGAGAGACACACACACACACCAUCUUUACUGUUCAUCAAAGUUGAUCAUGACAUUGAUCCUAAAUGACAAUCCUCGAGGAGCCUCCAAAAACAUUGGAAAUUAUAUAAUCUUAAAAACAACCUUACAAACAACUCUACCUUGAAAUCUAAAAUAAAUUAUGUUCUAUUGUGCCUGUCCGAGUAUGGAUCUGUUCUCUCUCUACAGGCUUCUGUCUGUUCUCCCCUAACACUUCUGAUCCGGUAAGUGAAACAGUUUGACUGAUAUUUUCAGUAUGUUGUGCCUCUGUAGACUGCUAGUCUGGUGCUAACUGGAGGGGUCUGUCUCAUACUGUUUUGUCUGGCUUUUCUCUUCUCAGUACUUCAACACUCUGGAGAACAGCAUCGUUAGUCUUUUUGUGCUCCUGACCACCGCAAAGUAAGACUUGCUCAUCUACCACACACCAUAACUCCUACUUUAUACACCUGUCUCUCUAAUAGUCUGACAGGUUUCUUACUCUGUGCCUGUUGAGAUUGUAAUGCUCUCUCAGGACAGCAUAGUGCCUGUUGAGAUUGUAAUGCUCUCUCAGGACAGCAUAGUGCCUGUUGAGAUUGUAAUGCUCUCUCAGGACAGCAUAGUGCCUGUUGAGAUUGUAAUGCUCUCUCAGGACAGCAUAGUGCCUGUUGAGAUUGUAAUGCUCUCUCAGGACAGCAUAGUGCCUGUUGAGAUUGUAAUGCUCUCUCAGGACAGCAUAGUGCCUGUUGAGAUUGUAAUGCUCUCUCAGGACAGCAUAGUGCCUGUUGAGAUUGUAAUGCUCUCUCAGGACAGCAUAGUGCCUGUUGAGAUUGUAGUACUCUCUCAAGACAGCAUCAGUAGUGGAAAAAGUACCCAGUUGUCUUACUUAAGUAAAAGUAAAAAGUUACCUUUAAAGAAAAUGAGUCACCCAGUAAAAUACUACUUGAGUAAACAUCUAAAAGUAUUUGGUUUGAAAUAUACUUAAGUAUCAAAAGUAAAAGUAUAAAUCACUUCAAAUUCCUUAUUCCUCUUUUUAUUGUAUUUUUACGGAUAGCCAGAGGCACACUCCAACACUCAGACAUUAUUUACAAACGAAGCAUGUGUGUUUAGUGAGUCCGCCAGAUCAGAGGCAGUAGGGAUGACCAGGGAUGUUCUCUUGAUAAGUGGGUGAAUUAGACCAUUUUCCUGUCCUGCUUUUGGUACUUUUGGGUGUCAGGGAAAAUGUAUGGAGUAAAAAGUCAAAGUUUUCACAAAUAUAAAUAUUAAAGUAAAGUACAGAUACCCCCAAAAAACUAAAUUGCUGUAAUUUACAGCGUUAAAUAACACUAAUGUGUGAGAACAGUAUUUUUUGUGAACAAAUGUUUCAUUUUGGCAUUAUAAUAAGGUUGGUAGCAACAUGGAAAAUCGUUGUGGAAAUCUGUUGCAGCUCAAGUCGACUACAAAAUCCACAAUUCAAUGCUCUCUCUAUGGGCUGGCUAGCUAGCUAGCAAACAAUAAUACCAAAGACAAUAUCAGCAUCUAACGUAACUAGUUAGCUGUAAAAUCGCCUAAACAAACUGCUCUGUCAUUUUAUGAGUCUACAAUCUCACCAUGUUCAACCUGCAGAUCGAUGUGCCUCACGGAGUGGAGUCUAACAUUUGCAACGGCAGAUAUACGUUUGAGGAGUUGGGAAACGUUGCCCAUGCUACGACAAUGGACCGCGCGGUGCAUUCUGGGCUAUUCUGGGACAAGGAGCGCUCUCCUUCAGAGUGAAUGGAAGUCUAUUGUGCGCAAGCUGAAAAACCCAACAUUAGCACGAAUUUCAUAAACAAUGCUUGCUAUCUGUAGUAUCUUAUAGCUUUGGAAUCGUGACAUUACGUUCUUUCGAGGAAAAUAGGCACGUUUCUCGACAUAUACAUUAACUUUGAGAAGGGAUUGCGUGACGAUUAGUUUAGCAACCGCUUUACGCAGCAUGACAACGUGAGUGCGAUUGGUCAACAGUCUGCUGGGUGGGGCGUAAUACGUUCUUUGAUUCAUUGGAUUCCUAUCUCCUUUCUAUAAUAUCUCUGGCAACGGCAUCAUGCAAUGCACACUGCACUAAAGAGGCAGACAAUUAGGAAAAAUGUGCUACGACCUCCAUUCAAUUACACAUUUCUCGAGGUAGGAAUAUUGCAAAAAUAUUAUCAAUGGCUCAUUCGAGAGAAGACAUCCUCCCGAGUUAUGACAUCAGCCAGUAUUGAAAUCUGACAUGUAUGAUAUAAAUUUUUGCAAUCUAAAAGUUGUAUUCCUAUUAACUUCGAGUGUAGUGAGAGCGACUUUAUCACAGUGCUAUGUCAUACCAGCUGGAUUUCUGCCUGCUUGAACGCCAAUAACUCACAUGAAAACAUGAAAUGACCCAGGGAAUCGAUAGAACAUCACUCAGAGAUGCACAAAAACAAUAUUACAUUCAAAAUGGGUGAACCUUUCUUUUAAGUACUUUACACCACUGAACAGCUUAGUGCCUGUUGAGAUUGUAUUACGCUCAAGACAGUAUAGUGCCUAAUGAGAUUGCUGGUGUUCUGUUUCCUCUAGCUUCCCAGACGUGAUGAUGCCAGCGUACUCUAGGAACCGCUGGUCCUGUGUCUUCUUCAUCGUCUACCUUUCCAUUGAACUCUACUUCAUCAUGAACCUGGUACACACACACACAUGCUGUUGUUUCCUCCCUGUGCACCCUAUGGCCACGGUUUGAUAGUGUGUUUGUGUUGCAGCUUCUGGCAGUGGUGUUUGAUACGUUUAACGGUGUUGAGAAGAUGAAGUUUAAAUCUCUGAUGCUCCACAAACGCUCCGCUAUCGACCAUGCCUUCCAACUGCUGGUCAGCAGACAGGUAUACACACACACACACACAGCUAGUGUCUGUAAGCUGUUGUAACUUAUGUGUAACUGUUGCAUUUCGUUCCUGUGUGUUGUCUCCUCAGAGGCCGAUGGGUGUGUCUCUGAAGCAGUUUGAUGGUCUAAUGCGUUUCUACAGACCCCGUAUGUCAGCCAGAGACCGCUUCCUCACAUACAAGGCCCUUAACACUGCAGGAGCACCCAUGCUCAGGUAACACACACACAUACUGUAUGAGCACACACAUACUAUAAGUGUUGCUGUUUUAAAGAAGUGUGUGAUGUUCUGUUGCAGCCUAGAUGACUUCUAUAAAUUCUAUGAAGUAAUCGGCCUCAAAUGGAAGGUAAGCCUAACCGUUUUUAUUUGGACAGUGAAGCUAAAAUUAGUACAUUUGGCUUUAUACUCCAGCAUUUUGGAUUUGAGAUCAAAUGUUUCAUGUGAGGCAACAGUACAGAAUUUCUCAUUUUAUUCUGGGGUAUUUUCAUACAUAUACUACAUGACCAAAAGUAUGUGGACACCUGCUUGUCGAACAUCUCAUUCCAAAAUCAUGGAUAUUAAUAUGGAGUUGGUCCCCCCUUUGCCGCUAUAGCAGCCUCCACUCUUCUGGGAAGGCUUUCCACUAGAUGUUGGAACAUUGCUGCGGGGACUUGCUUCCAUUCAGCCACGAGCAUUAGUGAGGUCGGGCACUGAUAUUGGGCGAUUAGGCCUGGCUCGCAGUUGGCUUUCCAAUUCAUCCCAAAGGUGUUCGAUGGGGUUGAGGUCAGGGCUCUGUGCAGGCCAGUCAAGUUCUUCCACACCAAUCUCGACAAACCGUUUCUGUAUGGAGCUCGCUUUGUGCACGGGGGCAUUGUCAUGCUGAAACAGGAAAGGGCCUUCCCCAAAUUAUUGCAACAAAGUUGGAAGCACAGAAUCGUCUAGAAUGUCAUUGUAUGCUGUAGCGUUAAAAUGUCCCUUCACUGGAGCUAAGGGGCCAAGCCCGAACCAUGAAAAACAGCCCCAGACCAUUAUUCCUCCUCCACCAAACUUUACAGGUGGCACUAUGCAUUGGGGCAGGUAGCGUUCUCCUGGCAUCCGCCAAAAACCCAAGUUUGUCCGUCGGACUGCCAGAUGGUGAAGCGUGAUUCAUCACUCCAGAGAACGCGUUUCCACUGCUCCAGAGCUUUACACCACUCCAGCUGACGCUUGGCAUUGCGCAUGGUGAUCUUAGGCUUGUGUGCGGCUGCUCGGCCAUGGAAACCCAUUUCAUGAAGCUCCUGACGUUGCUUCCAGAGGCAGUUUGGAACUCGGUAGUGAGUGUUGCAACCAAGGACAGACAAAAUUUGACAAACUGACUUGUUGGAAAGGUGGCAUCCUAUGAUGGUGCCACAUUGAAAGUCACUGAGCUCUUCAGUAAGGCCAUUCUACUGCCAAUGUUUAUCUAUGGAGAUUGGAUGGCUGUGUGCUUGAUUUUAUACACAUAUCAGCAACGGGUGUGGCUAAAAUAGCAGAAUCCACUGAUUUGAAAGGGUGUCCACAUACAUUUGUAUGUAUAGUGUAUCUGUUUUACCGUUUAGAAAUGAAAGCACUUUAUGUGUCUAGUCCCCCCCAUUUGAAAACGUGUUGUUUUCGUAAGUAUUUGGACAAAUUCUGUUUUGGUUGUGUUUCGAAUUAUGUUAUGCCCAAUUAAGAUUAAAGGGAUACGUCGAGAUUUUGACAAUGAGGCCCUUUAUCUGCUGUAGGCUAAUCACCACUGCCCCCGAAGCACCAGUUAGCCUUGAGCCUUGAGCUAGCCCCGGCUAUCUACCUCUCUGUCUUCCGGACGGUAGUAGCCAGCUAACCAGCUAACUAGCUACUUGCUGUUAGCCACCGUUAGCGGCUUUUCUCCAUUGUCCAUGGCCUGCACUACCUACCAGCCAGCUCUAGCCUGGACUAUUAUCGGCCAGUCUGCACUGUCUGCACAGCGCGUUAUCGACCCAGAACCUAUCGGAUUUUCUGCCGGAAUCACUGAAUCACUGGACCUUUAACACUGGAUAAUCGCAACUAGCUAGAUGCAACCAAAUGAACGUUGUUGUUGGCUAAUCAGCCUUGAGCUAGCCUUGAGUCAGGCACAUCUCCCGGCUAUCUACCUCUCUGUCAACCGGACGGGACCUCCUAGAGUCGACACGGAGCCCUGCCGAUCCAUCACGACUGGUGUGCCGACGUAAUCGUCUGUGGUUUCAACAGGCUUCCCGUUGCGACGACCACGAAGAUCCAUCUGCUAGCCCCGCUCGCUAGCACACGCAAAUAACAACCGUGCUUCCUGCUCGCUGUGCUGAAGCACCAAUUUGAACUGCUCUCGGACUCACAUAUUGCUGUUCACUGGACCUUAUGAUCACUCAGCUGCACAGCUGAUGCCUGCUGGACUGUUCCUUUACACGGUACCCUGUCCUGUUUAUCUGUUUAGCCUCAGCCCAAACUCUAUCGCCAUUACCAGUUGUUGUCUUAGCUCUCUCUAAUAACACCUGUGAUUGCUUUAUGCCUCUCUCCCAUGUCAAUAUGCCUUGCCUAUUGCUAUUCCAGUUAGUUCUUAUUAUACAAUUUCACUGUAGAACCUCAACUCCCUCUCAAACUGCCUCAAAUAGUUCCUUUGUUCCACCCCUCAUACACGCCGAGACCGGCUCAAUCGGUGCCUCCAGUGAUGCUAUCUCUUUCAUUGUUACCCAACGCUUAGGUUUACCUCCACUGUACUCAUAUCCUUCCAUAUCCUUGUCUGUACAUAAUGCCCUGAAUCUUUUCUACAACGCCCGUAAAUCUGCCCCCUUUAUUCUCUGUACCCAACGCACUAGAAGACCAGUUCUUAAAGCCUUUAGCCAUAUCUUUAUUCUAGUCCUCCUCUGUUCCUCUGGUGAUGUAGAGGCUAACCCAGGCCCUGCAGCCCCCAGUAUCACUCCUACUCCCCAGGAGCUAUCAUUUGUUGACUUCUGUAACCGUAAAAGCCUUGGUUUUCUGCACGUUAACAUCAGAAGCCUCCUUCCUAAGUUUGAGUUAUUCACUGCGUUAGCAUACUCCGCCAACCCUGAUGUUCUAGCAGUGUCUGAAUCCUGGUUUAGGAAGGCCACCAAAAAUUCUGAAAUUUCCAUCCUCAACUACAACAUUUUCUGUCUAGAUAGAACUGCCAAAGGGGGUGGAGUUGCAAUCUACUGUAGAGAUAGCCUGCAGAGCUCUAUCAUACUAUCCAGGUCUGUGCCCAAACAGUUUGAGCUUCUACUUCUAAAAAUCCACCUUUCCAGAAAUAAGUCUCUCACUGUUGCCGCUUGCUACAGACCCCCCUCAGCCCCCAGCUGUGCCCUGGACACCAUAUGUGAAUUGAUUGCCCCCCAUUUAUCCUCAGAGUUCAUACUGCUUGGUGACCUAAAUUGGGAUAUGCUUAACACCCCGGCCAUCCUACAAUCCAAACUAGAUGCCCUCAAUCUCACACAAAUUAUCAACGAACCUACCAGGUACAACACUAAAUCAGUAAACAUGGGUACCCUCAUAGAUAUCAUCCUGACUAACUUACCCUCUAAAUACACCUCCGCUGUCUUCAACCAGGAUCUCAGCGAUCACUGCCUUAUUGCCUGCGUCCGUAACGGGUCCGCGGUCAAACGACCACCCCUCAUCACUGUCAAACGCUCCCUAAAACACUUUAGCUUGGGGUCAUAGGCAGCAUUCCUCCUCCUCCAAACCCGGCGAGUUGAGUUGAUGCCAAAGAGUUCGAUUUUGGUCUCAUCUGACCACAACACUUUCACCCAGUUCUCCUCUGAAUCAUUCAGAUGUUCAUUGGCAAACUUCAGACGGCCCUGUAUAUGUGCAUUCUUGAGCAGGGGGACCUUGCGUGCGCUGCAGGAUUUCAGUCCUUCACGGCGUAGUGUGUUACCAAUUGUUUUCUUGGUGACUAUGGUCCCAGCUGCCUUGAGAUCAUUGACAAGAUCCUACUGUGUAGUUCUGGGCUGAUUCCUCACCGUGCUCAUGAUCAUUGCAACUCCACGAGGUGAGAUCUUGCAAGGAGCCCCAGGCCGAGGGAGAUUGACAGUUAUUUUGUGUUUCUUCCAUUUGCGAAUAAUCGCACCAACUGUUGUCACCUUGGUCUUGUAGCCCAUUCCAGCCUUGUGUAGGUCUACAAUCUUGUCCCUGACAUCCUUGGAGAGCUCUUUGGUCCUGGCCAUGGUGGAGAGUUUGGAAUCUGAUUGAUUGAUUUCUUCUGUGGACAGGUGUCUUUUAUACAGGUAACAAACUGAGAUUAGGAGCAUUCCCUUUAAGAGUGUGCUCCUAAUCUCAGCUCAUUACCUGUAUAAAAGACACCUGGGAGCCAGAAAUCUUUCUGAUUGAGAGGGGGUCAAAUACUUAUUUUCCCCUCAUUAAAAUGCAAAUCAAUUUAUAACAUUUUUGACAUGGGUUUUUCAGGAUUUUUUGGUUGUUAUUCUGUCUCUCACUGUUCAAAUAAACCUACCAUUAAAAUUAUAGACUGAUCAUGUCUUUGUCAGUGGGCAAACAUACAACAUCAGCAGGGGAUCAGCAGGGAUUUUUCCCUCACUGUAUAUCCAUCCUGCCCUGCCUUUCGAAAGUUUUUGAAAGGCAAGUUAACAAACAGAUCACCGACCAUUUCGAAUCCCACCGUACCUUCUCCGCUAUGUAAUCCGGUUUCCGAGCUGGUCAUGGGUGCACCUCAGCCACGCUCAAGGUCCUAAACGAUAUUAUAACCGCGAUCGAUAAUAGACAGUACUGUGCAGCCGUCUUCAUCGACCUGGCCAAGGCUUUCGACUCUGUUAACCUCCGCAUUCUUAUUGGCAGACUAACUAGCCUUGGUUUCUCAAAUGACUGCCUCGCCUGGUUCACCAACUACUUCUCGGAUAGAGUUCAAUGUGUCAAAUCGGAGGGCCUGUUGUCUGGACCUAUGGCAGUCUCUAUGGGGGUGCCACAGGGUUCAAUUCUUGGGCCGACUCUUUUCUCCGUGUAUAUCAAUGAUGUCGCUCUUGCUGCUGGUGACUCUCAGAUCCACCUCUAUGCAGACGACACAAUUUUGUAUACAUCUGGCCCUUCAUUGGACACUGUGUUAACAAACCUCCAAACGAGCUUCAAUGCCAUACAACACUCCUUCAGUAGCCUCCAACUGCUCUUAAACACUAGUAAAACUAAAUGCAUGCUCUUCAAUCGAACGCUGCUGGCACCCGCCCACCCGACUAGAAUCACUACUCUUGACGGGUCUGACCUAGAGUAUGUGGACAGCUACAAAUACCUAGGUGUCUAGUUAGACUGUAAACUCUCCUUCCAGACUCACAUUAAGAAUCUCCAAUCCAAAGUUAAAUCUAGAAUCGGCUUCCUAUUUCGCAACAAAGCCUCCUUCACUCAUGCUGCCAAACAUGCCCUCGUAAAACUGACUAUCCUACCGAUCCUUGACUUUGGUGAUGUCAUUUACAAAAUAGCCUCCAACACUCUACUCAGCAAAUUGGAUGUAGUCUAUCACAGUGCCAUCCGUUUUGUCACCAAAGCCCCAUAUACUACCCACCACUGUGACCUGUACGCUCUUGUUGGCUGGUCCUCACUACAUAUUCGUUGCCCAAACCCACUGGCUCCAGGCCAUCUAUAAAUCACUGCUAGGCAAAUCCCUGCCUUAUCUUAGCUCAUUGGUCACCAUAGCAACACCCACCAGUAGUAUGCGCUCCAGCAGGUAUAUCUCACUGGUCAUCCCCAAAGCCAACACCUCCUUUGGCCGCCAUUCCUUCCAGUUCUCUGCUGCCAAUGACUGGAACGAAUUGCAAAAAUCUCUGAAGCUGGAGACUCUUAUCUCCCUCACUAACUUUAAGCAUCAGUUGUCAGAGCACCUUACUGAUCACUGCACCUGUACACAGCCCAUCUGAAAUUAGCCCACCCAACUACCUCAUCCCCAUAUUGUUAUUUAUUUUGCUCAUUUGCACCCCAGUAUCUCUAUUUGCACAUCAUCUCUUGCACAUCUAUCAUUCCAGUGUUAAUACUAAUUGUAAUUAUUUUUCACUAUAGCCUAUUUAUUGCCUUACCUCCAUAACUUGCUACAUUUGCACACACUGUAUAUAUAUUUUCUGUUGUAUUUUUGACUAUGUUUUGUUUUACCCCAUAUGUAACUCUGUGUUGUUGUUUUUAUCGCACUGCUUUGCUUUAUCUUGGCCAGGCUUACCUGGUUAAAUAAAGGUGAAAUAAAUAAAUAAAUAAAUACAUCUACUUCCCCAGAGUCAGCUGAACUCGUGGAUAACAUUUUUAUGUCUCUGUGUCCAGUAAGAAGGAAGUUAGAGGUAUUUUCACGAGUCAAUGCUUACUAGCGUUCGCACAAUGACUCGAAGUCUAUGGGUAUCUGCUAGCGUGCUAGCAGAUACCCAUAAACUUCCAGUCAUUGCGCGAAAGCUAGUUAGCAAUUGUGCUAGCGCUACUUACCAAUUUCCUUCAAACCGCAUGCAGACACAUAAAAAUGACUCUGAGGAAGUAGAUAAAGGGCCUCAUUGCCAAAAUCCUGAAGUAUCCCUUUAAUCUUAAUUGGGCACAACAUAAUCCGAAACACAACAAAAACAAAAUCCAAAUGCAUCCAACAAGUUUGUAGAGGCACAAGCUUGAUGUAAUCAUUGCGUGCUAGGAAUAUGGGACAAAAUACUAAACUUUUGACUACUUUAAUACACAUAUAAGUGAAUUUCUCCAAAUACUUAUAACACCUUCAAAUGGGGGGACUAGAUACAUAAAGUGCUUUCACUUCUAAACGGUAAAACAGAUAUGUAUGAAAAUACGAAACAUUUGGUCUCCAAUCCAAAAUGCUGGAGUAUAGAGCCAAAUUAGAAGUUUUAGCUCCAUUGACCAAAUAAAUAUGAUGGGGAGUGUAUAUAUACACCUCACUGAUGUGUGUGUGCUUGCGUGCGUGCGUGCGUGCAUGUGAUUGUACUUUGUAGGCACGGCGGAGCGGGGAACACUGGUUUGAUGAUCUUCCACACACUACUUUUCUUAUCUUCAAAGGUGACUUGUAUUUUUCCCUUCUUUCUUCCAUCCCAUCCACUGCUGUGUUCCUCUCCUCGUAUCUGAGGUGACUCAGACUGACUGACAUCCUUCUGUUAAUGUUUCUACCAGGCAUCAACCUGCUGGUCAAGUCUAAAGCCUUCCAGUACACAAUGUGUGAGUGGACAUCCAUUAUUAGUAGUAUUAGCUAUAGUGCUAUCAUCUGUGUUGUCAACCUAGAACAAGACUUAAAUCUGGUACAAGACUUAACUCUAAGACAAAACUUAACUCUCGGACAGGACUAACCCUAGGACACAAUUCUCUCCUCUCUCUCCCCUGUAGAUGUGGUGGUGGCCGUCAACGGAGUGUGGAUCCUAGUAGAGACCUACAUGUUGAAUAGUAACUAAACCUAUUCCCAGAAUAUAAAGUACUUUUAAUGCAGAUUCUCUAUUGUGCAUGCUUUUUAAUUCAGGACUAGGUUUAAUCUGGGUCCAGGAAAUCGUCCCUAAAUGUCAAGUAGAGACCUACAUGUUGAACAGUAAGGUUGUUUCUGAUCUCUGUCCUGGCCCCUCCCUUGGCAGGUGGAUUCUCCUCGUCCAGAAUAGUCCCCUGGAGUUACAUCAUCUUCCUCACCAGUAAGAUCAGGCACAAACACACACACUUACACACACACACACACAGAGCCACAUCCUUUUCGUCACUAGUGAGAACACACAUUUUUACUCCUCUCUCUCGCUCUUUUUCAAUCUCUAGUCUAUGGGGUGGAGGUGUUGUUGAAGAUAACGGGCAUGGGACCGUUGGCCUACUUCAGCUCCGGCUGGAACCUGUGAGUACUGACCAUUAAACCCUUAACGCCUUAACCCUAACCCUCAACCCUUAGCAUGUCCACUGUGUUUAUUCAGUAGCUUAAUGGCCAUAAAUGUCUCUGUGUUCGCCUCACCAGGUUUGACUUCUCUGUGACGGUGUUUGCCUUUCUGGGCUUGAUUGCCCUGGCCUUCGACAUGGAGCCCUUCUACUUUAUUGUGGUUCUCAGACCGCUGCAGCUACUCAGGUGGGUUACCACGACAACACACACGUACUGGGACCGCUGCUAUUCUCUCAUUCAUACACUUUUUCAUUUAUUUCCUAAUAAAACUGGCCUAUGCACUUCAGACGAAGAUAUUUCUCUGGUCACUACCUCUCUACAAAAUGCUUAUUACAGACAAUUACAAACAGCUUAUAUAUACAGUACCAGUCAAAGGUUUGGACACACCUACUCAUUCAAGGGUUUUUCUUUAUUUUUACUAUUUUCUACAAUGUAGAAUAAUAGUGAAAACAUCAGAACUAUGAAAUAACACAUGUGGAAUAAUGUAGUAACCAAAAAUGUUAAACUAAUCAAAAUAUAUUUAAUAUUUUUCAAAGUAGACACCCUUUGCCUUGAUGACAGUUUUGCACACUCUUGGCAUUCUCUCAACCAGCUUCACCUGGAAUGCUUUUCCAAUAGUCUUGAAGGAGUUCCUACAUAAGCUGAGCACUUUUUUGGUUGCUUUUCCUUCACUCUGCGGUCCAACUCUACCCAAACCAUCUCAAUUGGGUUGAGGUCGGGUGAUUGUGGAGGCCAGGUCAUCUGAUGCAGCAUUCCAUCACUCUCCUUCUUGGUCAAAUAGCCCUUACACAGCCUGGAGGUGUGUUGGGUCAUUGUCCUGUUGAAAAACAAAUGAUAGUCCCACUAAGUGCAAACCAGAUGAGAUGGCGUAUCGCUGCAGAAUGCUGUGGUAGCCAUGCUGGUUAAGUGUGCCUUGAAUUCUAAAUAAAUCACAGACAGUGUCACCAGCAAACCACCAUCACAUCUCCUCCUCAACGCUUCACGGUGGGAACUACACAUGCAGAGAUAAUCCGUUCACAUACUCUGCGUCUAACAAAGACACCAAAACCAAAGAUCUCAAAUUUGGACUCAUCAGACCAAAAUACAGAUUUCCCCCGUACUAAUGUCCAUUGUUCGUGUUUCUUGGCCCAAGCAAGUCUCUUCUUCUUAUUGGUGUUCUUUAGUAGUGAUUUCUUUACAGCAAUUCGACCAUGAAGGCCUCAUUCAUGCAGUCUCCUCUGAACACUUGAACUCUGUGAAGCAUUUAUUUGGGCUGCAAAUUCUGAGGCUGGUAACUCUAAUGAACUUAUCCUCUGCAGCAGAGGUAACUCUGGGUCUUCCUUUCCUGUGGCGGUCCUCAUGAGAGCCAGUUUCAUCAUAGUGCUUGAUGGAUUUUGCGACUGCACUUGAAGAAACGUUCAAAGUUCUUGACAUUUUCCGUAUUGACUGACCUUCAUGUCUUAAAGUAAUGAUGGACUGUCGUUUCUCUUUGCUUAUUUGAGCUGUUCUUGCCAUAUUAUGGUAUUUUACCAAAUAGGGCUAUCUUCUGUAUACCACCCCUACCUUGUCACAACACAACUGAUUGGCUCAAACUUUUAGCAAGGCACACCUGUUAAUUUAAAUGCAUUCCAGGUGACUACCUCAUGAAGCUGGUUGAGAGAAUGCCAAGAGUGUGCAAAGCUGUCAUCAAGGCAAAGGGUGUCUACUUUGAAAAGUAGACACCCUUCAAGGCAAAGGGUGUCUUAUUUUGAUUAGUUUAACGUUUAUUUGGUUACUACAUGAUUCCAUAUGUGUUAUUUCAUAGUUUUGAUGUCUUCACUAUUAUUCUACAAUGUAGAAAAUAGUAAAAAUAAAGAUAAACCCUGGAAUGAGUCGGUGUGUCCAAACUUUUGACUGGUACUGUUUGUUGUCAGGUGGGCAAUUAUUUUGUGUGGGUAUUUUGUUAGGUGCAUAUAUGUGUGUUACCGGUAUAUAGAAUUAUAAAUAUUGUAUUGAUCAUCAUGUGUUAAGUAUGUGCGCUCUAUCAGGUUGUAAGUGUGUGUGUGUGUGUGUGUGUUCUCUCUCUUAGGUUGUUUAAGAUAAAGCAGAGGUAUCGUAACGUGUUGGACACCAUGUUUGAACUCUUCCCAAGGAUGGCAAGGUAACAACUUUGCUCACUAUAUUUACAUACAACGCAUGUAUUAACCUUUUAUAAGAACCUGCUUAAUAAGAACUUUUAUAUGUUGUCAGUCUGGGGCUGACAUUGAUAAUCUUCUACUACUCCUUUGCCAUCGUGGGGAUGGAGUUCUUCGCUGAUGUAGUUUACCCUAACUGCUGCAAGUGAGUCACACAUACACUCCUCUUACACACAGUUCACUCACACACUAACCUGUCAGUCUACCCUGACACUUUGUUCGAAGCAGAACCUACCACAGACUAAGAAUACUAGAAAAGAUAUUGGCGCUCCAGUAAUAUGACGGCCAUCUUGGUCAGGGUGGUUCACAUGAGUUUCAGUUUCAGUCUCUCUCUCUCUCUUCUCCUCCGUUCUUUAUCUCUCGCCGUCCUCCUCUCGCCGUCUCUCCUCUCUCCUCGCUCUCGUCUUCUCCUCUCGUUCUCUCUACCUCUCCGUCUACUCGGUCUCCUCUAUCUAUCUCUCUCUCUCUGCUCUCUCUCUCUCUCUCUCUCUCUACUCUCUCUCUCUCUCUCUCUCUCUCUCUCUCUCUCUCUCUACUAUCUCUCUCUCUCUCUCUCUCUCUACUAUCUCUCUUUCGCUCCCCCCCUCAUAGUACCAGUACAGUAGCAGAUUCAUACAGGCAGAUCAAUGUAACCAUAGGCAACAGGACGGUGCUGGACGAGGGCUACUACUAUCUCAACAACUUCAACAACAUCCUCAGCAGCUUUGGUAAACACACACACAGUAGUCAAUACUAGGCAGUUCCCUUUAUACUAUGUUGUUAUAUAAUAAAGGGAUAGGGAUUGAUUUGGGAUUCAGCAUCUCUCUCCCUCUCUCUCUCUGCAGUGACUCUGUUUGAGCUGACUGUGGUAAACAACUGGUACAUCACCAUGGUAAGACUCUUCCUUCUCACGCUGUAUGCUGCCUGUCACCUAUCUGAUUAAACCUCUGCUGCUGCCUGACUGUCAAGCUUGUCCAGGUUGCUGAGGUUGAUUGACAGCUGCUGUCCCCUACCCAACAGGAAGGAGUGACCUCCAUGACAACUCACUGGAGCCGCCUCUACUUCAUGACCUUCUACAUUGUCACCAUGGUGAGAGGCGUUGUCUGUGCAUGUCUGUGUGUGCACAGAUGCUUGUUUGUGUGUGUGUGUGUGCAUGCGUGUGUAAUGUUCUGUCUGUCCUCUCUAGGUGGUGAUGACCAUCAUCGUUGCCUUCAUCCUGGAUGCGUUUGUGUUCCGUAUGAACUACAGCCGGAAGAACAAAGAACCCCUGUUAGAUCCUGAGGGUAAGUGUGUGCAUGCGUACAAGUGAACAAUUCUAGUAAGAUGAGAACAGUAUAGUGUUUGAGAUGUGUGUAACAAUGGUGUGUUUGUGUGUGGUAGAUGAGAACGGUAUAGUGUUUGAGAUGUGUUUAACGAUGGUGUGUUUGUGUGUGGUAGAUGAGAACGGUAUAGUGUUUGAGAUGUGUGUAACGAUGGUGUGUUUGUGUGUGGUAGAUGAGAACGGUAUAGUGUUUGAGAUGUGUGUAACGAUGGUGUGUUUGUGUGUGGUAGAUGAGAACGGUAUAGUAUUUGAGAUGUGUGUAACGAUGGUGUGUUUGUGUGUGGUAGAUGAGAACGGUAUAGUGUUUGAGAUGUGUGUAACGAUGGUGUGUUUGUGUGUGGUAGAUGAGAACGGUAUAGUGUUUGAGAUGUGUGUAACGAUGGUGUGUUUGUGUGUGGUAGAUGAGAACGGUAUAGUGUUUGAGAUGUGUGUAACGAUGGUGUGUUUGUGUGUGGUAGAUGAGAACGGUAUAGUGUUUGAGGCAGAGGUGAAUCGUGACGAGGCGUUGGCCACUCUGGAGCUUUAUAAACAGACGUGCCCUGGACUCUCCUCACUCAACUCUCUACAGGGAGUACUGCUGGCCAUGGACCGCAGCGGGGUGAGAACACACACACAGACCUACACUCACAAAUAGACAGACACACUCACUCACACAGCAACACAAACCUGCCCCGUCCUAUACUCUCAAAAAUAUAGACUGAUGCGUGUGUGUGUGUGUGUGUGUGUGUAGAGCUCGUCUCUGGUGUAUCUGGGUCGGCGGUCAAGGACCAAGAGUGACCUCAGCAUGAAGAUGUAUGAGGAAGAGAUCCAGGUGAGCCUCACGCUGCCAUGACAACCAUAAUCCUGCUAACUGCUCAAUGCUAGAUUUCUCACUUUAAAUAACACUUUAGCUUACAUGACCUAGCUACAAAGGUGAUUUUGAUCUUGCCUUGUCUCGCAGAGGAGGCUGGUGGAAGGAUCUAUAGGAGGACAGGCUCAUUGUAAAGACUGGAAUGGAAUAAAUGGAACAGCAUCAAACAUAUACUUCGUUCCAUUACAAUGAGCCUGUCCUCCUAUAGCUCCUCCCACCAGCCUCUUCUGGUGUCUAGGGAAUUGGAUUACAAAUGAGUAUAUUUCUGACAUGUCAGCUGUGACAAAAAAAAUGGUAAUAGUAUGACUAAUGUGUUAUUGGUGUGUGUGUGUGCAGGAGUGGUAUGCGGAAUACUCCAGAGAGAACCUACCCCAGUCAGACAGAAGCCUAGUGGAAAGAGAGCUGGAAAUCCCUACCUCAUGCCCUGACCCUGAACCCGACCCUGAACAUGAACCCCAACCCCAGCUCAACUCACAAGGACCACUUAGCACUAACUAACAAUCACUCACUGUUUUGCUCUCUCUCUCACACACACACACACACACACACACACACACACACACACACACACACACACACACACACACACACACACACACACACACACCUCUCUGACUUCAGUCAUCAUGUCACAGAGCACUCUGUGAACUUAAUGGGGAUUGUCUUCCACAAUGACAAUACAGAGAACCCCUCAAUACUCCAAGUCUGUCUCCCUCCCUUCUUCCCCCUCCUCCCAUCCUGAGGGAGUGUACUCUAGCAGCCUGGUGGGACAGUUGGGAUGUGGACAGAUGUGAUGGUGUCAUUGACCUACAGC